UCAGCUCAAUCAUCAUGGACACACCAAACUCCAAAUAUUCCCCAAAGUUCGCGAAGACUAGUUCACAGAUUGCAGUUCAAUCCUCUCCUAGAGGAGUGAUGAGACAGAAAUCUCCACCUCCACUGGCCACCAAAAAACCAUCUUUGGUUUCUCCGAAAUCCCCAGCAAAAGAAAACACCAAGCCACAGGAAAUCAAGCUCCACACUCAGCAGAGGGCGGUCAAGCGUGCAAUGUUCAAUUACUCGGUUGCAACCAAGCUAUAUCUUUUGGAGCAACAGAAGAAACAAGUGGAGAAGCUGCAAAAGAUGAUAGAGGAGGAAGAGAUUAGAAUGCUGAGAAAAGAGAUGAUUCCUAGAGCUCAAUUGAUGCCUCUAUUUGACAGACCCUUCUUUCCACAAAGAUCAAACCGGCCUUUGACAGUUCCUAGAGAGCCGAGUUUCCACUUUGCGAGCAGCAAUUGCUCUACCUGCAGUGAACCAUACACUUUUUUCAACACAAUGAAGCCCAUUAAGUAACUCGAUCACCAUUGUAAAACAGAGUUAAUUUCUUGGUGUUGUCUUUUUUUCCUUUUUGUUGUUAGCACAGUGUUGCAUGCACAUUGUGCAAGACUAUUGAAGAGUUUAGUGAGAGUGUUACAAUGUACGUACGUAGUAGUUGAGUAGUAGCUAGCUAGCACUCUUAUGCUUAACUAGUUACUCUGCCUUGUUGUAAUAAAUUGAGUUGUACUUUUGCACGAUUUGUAUCAUCAUAAAAGAAAGUAUUCCCCCUUCAUCACCAGUACUACUUUAUGGGAGAUGAAUGACAAUGAUUCUUUCCAA